CCACCUCUGUAUAUUUAGACAGUCCUUUUCUUCAAGUCUCCGAGUCCUUAAGCCCAGGCUCCAAACUAGCAGCGUGUACUACUACUUCAGUCAUGGCUGCAACUCUCUUCGUGAGUUUGGAGCGCGCGUCAAAACCAGUGCUGACCAUUUUGGCCAGUGUCAAAGUGACCUGAUAACGCAUAUAACGCAAACCAGGCUUUCGUGACAUUGGCUACCAAUGACAGUUAUGCCCGGGGAGCUAUGGUAUUGGGCAAGUCCCUGCGAAACCACAACACCACCAAGAAGCUGGUUGCCCUCAUUGGCCCCCAAGUUUCAGAGCCAUGCAGGGGGGUGCUGCGGAGGAUCUUUGAUGAGGUGCGGGUGGUGGAUGUGCUGGACAGUGGAGACACGGCACACCUGGCCAUGAUGAAGAGACCAGACCUGGGUGUGACCUUCACCAAACUCCAUUGUUGGACCCUCACACACUACUCCAAAUGUGUGUUUAUGGAUGCUGACACUCUGGUGCUGUCCAACAUUGAUGAGCUGUUUGACAGAAAGGAGUUAUCUGCUGCCCCUGACCCUGGCUGGCCUGACUGCUUUAACUCUGGUGUGUUUGUGUUUUGUCCUUCAAUGGAAACAUAUGGCAAACUGCUGCAGUACUCCACUGAACAUGGCAGCUUCGAUGGAGGCGACCAAGGAAUCUUAAACGGUUUCUUUGGUGACUGGGCAACAGCUGACAUCUCCAAGCAUCUUCCAUUUAUCUAUAACCUCAGCAGCAUAGCCAUCUACACAUAUCUCCCUGCAUUUAAACAGUAUGGCGGCAAUGCCAAGGUCGUUCAUUUUCUUGGUAAGACCAAGCCGUGGAAUUACACCUUUGACCCCAAAGCCAAGCGCAUUUCUGGCAGCGUGCAGGAGGCCACAUCACACCCCACCUUCCUCAUGGACUGGUGGAUGCUGUAUUCCAGUGCAGUGGUGCCUCUGAUGUAUGAGCAGUAUGGAGACCAGCCUUUUCACUCUGGAUGUGUAGAGGGGGAGAGCCCAUUGCAAGUGCAGGCUCUGCAGCCUCUCAUAUCAUCAGGAGCGGAAGGAGAGAUGGGAGCAGGGUCAGGCUGACUACCUAGGAAUGGACUCGUUUGAUAAUAUCCAGCGAAAGCUCGAUAGCUUCCUCAAAUGAAGCAGUGAUGGAAGUCUAAUGUGAGAAGAGCACUUACAGUUCAACAAAUGUCACCCAGGCCUCAGCUUAAAGUGUGGUUGAGAAGUUGAGCCACUCCCUGGGCCCCUGUGGGUAAAUGCCCAGAAAAAGUGAAUGUCAGAACUACCAGGAGAAACUUUGAUCUAAAAUGACACAUAAAGCCCACAAUCAAUGUACACAAAUAUGUUUUGUCACUGUGUAACUUUUUUUUUUUUUUUCCAAAAUGUUAUAGACCACACCAUUGGGAAGUGGGCAACAGGAGUUGAACUGGUUUUGCCUGAGUCAUUUACUCUGUAUCAUUCUUUUUUCUUUCUUCUUUUUUUGUACAUUUGUGUCUGUUCUUCAUUCAAAUGUCUUUCCUUCUACUUCAGAUAUACUUAAAACAUGUUUACAUUUCCUCUGAAAGUCAUGCGCUCUACGGGAUAUCAUAUCUGUGCCUUAGCGUUUCUUGAUAUCUACUGUUCUGUACCAGGCUAGCUUUACUGUGCAAACUCUCCAAUUCUCUCAUCUGAGAAUAGCAUACUUUUGCAUUUUGCGGUUUUCCCAUACUAAAUAUUAAACAUUUAGUUUUAACUCA